AUGAGUCGCAAAGAUAGUACAAUAUUAAACCCGGAACCAAAUGCACCAAGAAUAAACAUUUUGUGCUUAGAUAUAAGUGAAUCUAGUAAAACAGUGCAAUUUGUUCUUUGCACUUGUACAGUGUUUGUAUUUUUCCUUUUAUAUGGAUAUAUGCAAGAGUUAAUAUUCACUGUAGAAGGCUCUAAACGUUACGGGUGGUUUUUAACACUCGUACAGUUCGGUUUUUACAUUAUAUUCGGUCUUGUCGAGGUUAAUAUAAGGAAAAUUGGCCCUCGAAAGAUACCACUUAAAACAUAUUCCUUACUAGCUUUAUUAACGUUGGGAACAAUGGGAUUUUCAAACGCCUCAUUAGGCUACUUGAAUUACCCCACGCAAGUUAUAUUUAAAUGCUGUAAACUUAUUCCAGUGUUGAUCGGUGGUAUUUUGAUACAAGGGAAGCGGUACGGACCGUUGGAUUUUCUAGCAGCUCUCUUAAUGUGCAUCGGGUUAACUUUAUUUACUUUGGCCGAUUCUAAAGUGCAGCCGAAUUUUAAUACCACUGGUAUAGCGAUGAUUUCAAUGGCAUUGUUGUGUGAUGCGAUAAUAGGAAACGUUCAGGAAAAGUCUAUGAAAAAUUACGGAGCUGCCAAUGCCGAAGUAGUUCUAUAUUCAUAUGGAAUAGGGUUUUUGUAUAUUUUCGUAGUAAUGUUGUUAUCCGGAGAUUUCAGCGAUGGCAUUAACUUUUAUUCUCAGAAUCCCAAGAAGAUGUACGGAUACGCGUUCCUAUUUUCCAUAACCGGAUAUUUGGGUAUACAAAUCGUUUUGACUCUAGUAAGAACAACAGGAGCUUUUGCUGCAGUUACUGUUACUACUUGUCGAAAAGCUGUUACAAUAAUUAUAUCGUUCGUUUUAUUUAACAAGCCAUUCAUUUUCCAAUAUGCCUGGUCUGGUCUCAUCGUAGUGAUUGGAAUUUACUUAAAUUUAAUGAGCAAAAGACAUCCCGUUUCGAUGGCGGAUUUCGAGAGUAAAUUCGAAUCUGUGUAUAGAUUCGUACGAUCCAAAUUUAUAGCCAGCAGUUAUAAAAGCGGACAUUAUUUAACGGAAGUGUAA